UGUGUGUAUAUGUGUGUGUGUGUGUGUGUGUGUGUGUGUGUUUGUAUGUGUAUGUGUAUGUGCAUGUGUGCGUGUGCGUGUGUGUGUGUUUCCUACCUAUAUUAAACCAAGCAUUUACAGCAGGAAGCUGUUCAUCGCUGUUUUUCAGGACGUUAGGAUUAAACAUUACACUCAGCCCUCGCUCCACCCCCAGAAUCCAGUCCAUGGAGUUCAUGCACACAUCCAGUUAUGAGCCUGACAGUGAGGAGUGUGAUGAGUUUGAGGACAUGAGCCCAAAUCAGCAGAGACUGUCACCAGCUUCUAUGUGCAGUGACCAAGGAACAGACCAGUUAGAGACCAGAAUACAAGGUCUUCUUGGGGAGUCCUGCUACGCACCGAUUUCACCAGCUGCUUCAUACUGCUCCAUGAAAAGUGCCCAGUCGAUGAUAGAUCCAUUAAAGUUCAGCCAAGGUGCUGAUGUGAGGAAAGUAAUUGAUCAAGUGUCUCCAACUCCAACACUGGUAUCUGUUCAAUCUGAGCAGUCGAUUGAGCUUCCCGUCACGGUCAAUAGCAGGGAGUCGUGCACCAGUCUGAUGAUGAAGGAACACUUGAGGUGUUCAAUGUGUAAAUACAUGCUAAAGGAGCCUGUGACCAUCCCCUGUGGACACAGCUUCUGCAGGACCUGCAUCGAAUCCUACUGGAGCAAAAUAUCCUCUACAGGAUGCUACUCCUGUCCUCAGUGUAGGAAGAGAUUUAAAUCUCGUCCUGCACUGAACCUGAACUUCACUCUGUCUAACGUGGUGCUCACUCAGCAGCAUGUGGCGAUUAGUCUUGCUCAUCCUACUCUGAGCGACGUCGGACCUGGAGAUGUAGCCUGUGAUUCCUGCUCUGGGAGAAAGAUAAGGGCAGUGAAGUCGUGUCUGACCUGCCAGGAAUCUUACUGUGAAGCCCACGUGAGGCAGCACUACACUGUAGAAGCGCUGCAAAAACAUACCCUUAUGGAGCCCAAGAAAAUAGCUGAAGCAUGAGGACCACAAGUUGGACAAAACUAAUCCUCCAGGCUUCAUCUCUGAGCCUGAGCAUUCCACAGCCACGGUCACUCUGACCUCCUGUCCUGAAGGCUUCCUGUUCUUUCUCCUUCUCCUGCUUUAGCUUACACACUUUGUAUAUUUGUUGUUGUUGUAUUUUGAGCACCUGCUAUGUAGCUCAGUGGUUAAGGUUUUGGACUACUGAGCAGAAGGUCAUAGGUUUGAAUCCCAGGUCCACCAAGCCUUUAACCCACAAUUGAAUCCCCUGUUUAUCACUGCGCUUUUAUGUCUAAAAAUCUGUAUGAUUUUGAAUGUGUUGUUGCAGAAAUGUUAUUAAAAAAAGUCAGUAAACUCAACAAAAAUUGUAAAAAAAAAA